GUGGAAUAAACCACCGUCAGAGUAAUGCAGCUUCCCACCGUGUCUGUGGACUGUCUGACCGUCACUCAGGCUGCGUCCAUCCGUCUUGUCAGUCGCUCUUCGCCCGACGGAUCUGCUCCUGGACUGCCUCCGGUAGCGGGAUGACACCGACAUAGUGAUAACGGAGCAUCACCUCCACGUCUCAGUCUCCUCCUGAAGCGGAGCUCUGCUUGCAGUUUCCUCCCGGCGGAGAUAUGAGGAAUCCACUGGCUGAUUUUACGCUGACAUUGUGGCUGUUAAUAGAGUGUGUAGAAGCCAAGAAGUACUGCUGGUAUUUUGAAGGCGGAUACCCCAUCUAUUUCAUAUGUCGCUCCUAUGAGGACUGCUGUGGGACUCGCUGCUGUGUGAGAGCCCUCUCCAUCCAGAGACUAUGGUACUUCUGGGUUCUGCUGAUGAUGGCAGUGUUGUUCUGCUGUGGUGCUGGCUUCUUCAUUCGCAGAAGGAUGUAUCCAUCCCCUCUGAGAGAUGAGCCAGCCUUCAACGUGUCCUUCACCAGGCACCCAGUCACCACACCAGUCUCCCAGCAGCUGGGGAGCAUGCAGGGCUUCGGGGUCAAUGGGAUGACAGGAGGUGACCCAGGAGUUUCCAUGACACACCCGGCGUAUCCGGCACAGCCUGGCUCUGCCCAUAUGAUAAUGAGUUCCUACCCUCCACCUCCAUCCUACUGCAACCACCCUCCGCCAUCCUACGAACAAAUAUUUCAAAACAGCGACAAGAAAUAACAUCUGCAAGGAGCUAAGGAUAUGGAACUUGAUGAGGGAAAGUGGCCUCAGGCUGAAUUUUCAGGAUGCAAGAGCCGCCUGCCAAUUGUCUGCAACUUGGUGAUUACUGUUUGUGGGUGUAAGAGUUGGAAAAACACAAUUCCUGUUCAUGGAAAAGACCAAAAGAGGCACAAUCAACAUACACUCACGCACACACACACACACACACACACACACACACACACCUUCAUCUGUAGUGCUUCAUUAACUCUUGAUUUUUGUGCAUCAUAUAUACAGUGACCGUACCAGCCUUGUUCCAGCUGAGGACACGAUCAGCUGAGGUUUUAGUGCUCACUGACUCACUGUCACCUGUCUCCUUCACCUCCCAUUGCAACUGCAUCUAUAACUGUGCAGACUAGAACAUGGGCACUCACUGUGUGUUAAAAUGCUGGAUACAGUAAUGGCUGUUCUAACAACUGUUAAUAAAUAGUCUCAUCCAAACAGUAAAACAAAAAUACAUAAUUAUAAAAACACAUUAAAAGGAAAGCCAUUUCUACUCAAAGAAUAGCUGUUAAAAAAGAAUGGCAGUUAUAUUAUUAUUAAAUAAUUUUAAGAAUGACAGACUCAUUUUCUACCCAGCAUUGUACUGUAACAUGGGCUCUUUAUUUAAUGAGGAGCUCUUGAUCCAUUUUAUAUUACAGAAUGUGUAGUCCAGUUAUGUAAUGACUGAAUGAGCACCUGCAGCAGUGGUGGACUCAUCUCCCAUGAACAGCAAUGAUGGCUUCAUUUCAGGAUGUUAGGGUGGAUUGUCACUCUUGUUCUAGUGUCACAUGCAAAUUUUUAGUAAGAUGUCCACGUGGUUCUGUAUGCUGCUGCUGUCUCACUGGUCUAUGGGAAAUAAAUGGUAUGUCACAUUUGCUCUUAUUUAAAAUUGGAAACUUAACAGUACAAAUUCAUUGUAUUACAAAUGCAUGCCACACAGUGUGAACUUAACGCAGUAGAAGGCAGUACAACAUUCGUUACUGAGAUUCAAAUUUACUUUUUUUUCAGAACGUUGUAUGUUCCCCUUUGUUUUUGAUGGCUUACUCAAUUUUCACAGUGUCCUUUGCAAUUGCAAAGUUAUCAUUUUGCAAUAUUCCUCUUCUCCCCUACAGACUGGAGUCAGCCAGUCAAGCAGACAAGUCAUUUUAUAAUCAUGUUUAUUUAUUUAACCUUUAUUUAAGGUAGUUGAGAACUGAUUCUCAUGUUUAAUAACGACCUGGUUCAUACAAUUAGACUGACUGAAAAUCAGAUAGACUCAGUUUUCACCUAUUUAUUUAUUUUUCAUGCACUGACUUUCUACUUUGGGCCUGUAUUUUCAAUAUAGCCCUCCUUUACUUUUGAUUGUUUUUCAGAGGAAAUACUCUGUUGUUAAACUUCAAAAUAAUGCAGUUAUUGAGGUGAUAUGAGUGUGAAUGUGUAUUGGUGAUAUAUUACUUCUGUAGUAUUUUGUACUACUGGCACAGCAAUGCAACCUUAAACAUAGUUUGCUCUUUACAUAUGUAUAAGCAACUGAUGAAGCAUUACUAGCUUUUUGGCUAAUAGUACUUUCAAUGUCACAUAAGAAUCAGCAUAUACACUGAAACAAUAGUGGUAGAUCAUCCACCACUUUCCUUCUUGGUGCUGCUGCAUGAAAACACAGACCUGAUGUGACAUUGCAUAUUUUGAGAACUGUUUAGGUCAGUGUUAAAUAAAUUGAAUGCAACAUUGAAGAAAGGCAUGAGCAUAAACAGAUAGAGUUGAAGACAAAAUUACCGUAUUUGCCCCAUUAUAAGAUUUGUGUUUUUUUUUUUUUUCAAAAAAUUCCAAAGUGCUGUUAAAUAGAUCAAGGAAUUCCAAAGUUAAAGCACAUGUUUGCACAACAGUGGUUUGUGCUUUGGCUCAAUAAAAAGGUCAGUUCACAAGGGGGCUAAUAAUAUUGACCCUUGUAAUUUUUCAGUUUUCUAAAAUUAUGUUGUUGUAUUGUAUGCAAAGAAAAACAAUUAAUCUCUGCUUUCUGAAGAAAACUAGUAUGUUUAGAAGUGCUAUGUUGAAAAUCCUCUGCUCUGUUAAAAAUGGACCAAAGAAAAUUUGGAAAAAAAUGUAAAUUUUAUAGUGGGGCUAAUAAUUUUGUCUUCGACUGUAUGUAAUUCUAUUGAAUAACAUGUUGAGGAAGACUUCUUUUCUUCCUGAUUUCAUGAUAUAGCUGACAGAGUGACUGUGCUGUUUGAAGCUGCAGCAGUGAUCCAGGUCCCUCACCUGUCAGUCCUGUUGGAUUGAUCAGUGCCAAAAGCAACUGUAGGAAACAUCACUUCAUCAUUUUAAACCCGUUCAUCACAUGGACCUCCCUGCAUUAAACAUUUGAACAUGUUUCAUCUCA